UGACAAGAUGGAAUAUAUAUUGCAUCUUAGAUAUCAAAUUAGAUACCUUACAAUUAAUAUGAGUUAAGUAAAUUUUCUAAAUGGAUGAAUCUGUUUUGUGCAAUUGCAGCUGCUGAAUUAUCUGUUGGAGAUCUGCUAGAGAGGGCUAACAGUGGCAUUGUUCGUGAUGUUGAUGAGCCAAAAGUUAUAGGAGAUAUUGCUGUGGAUGAUGAACAAGAUGAGAGGAAUGCUGAUCCCUGCACCUCAAGUGGCUGCAUGUGGCCCAAAUCUAGUGAUGGCAAAGUCUACGUGCCCUAUGUUAUUGCCAACCACUUCGCUUCCAGUGAGCUGCAGGUCAUCCAGCGAGGUCUGGAUUCCUUUUCUUCUGUUACAUGUAUUCGCUUUAUUCCACGCUCUAACCAGAGGGAUUACAUUAGCAUUGAGUCUCGCAGUGGAUGCUAUUCUUAUGUUGGACGUCGUGGGUAUGGCCAAACUGUGUCUCUCGACCGAAAUGGAUGUAUUUAUCAUAGCACAGUUCAGCAUGAACUUCUUCAUGCUCUGGGGUUCAACCACGAACAGUGUCGCAGUGACCGUGACAAUCACAUCCGCGUUGUGUGGGAGAACAUCAUUGAUAGCUAUAAAUAUGCCUUUGACAAGAUCGCUACUCUGAACCAGGGAACUCCUUAUGACUACAACUCCGUCAUGCAGUACCACAGAACUGCUUUCUCUAAGAAUGGCCUAGCCACCAUGGUCCCUAUCCCCAACAGCAAUGUUGCCUUUGGCCAGGCCACUCAGAUGAGCCAAAAUGACAUCAAACGAGUAAAUAAUCUCUACAGAUGCUAAUAAUUAAAAAUUUUUGUCCCUCAGAAAAAACUCCAUUCUACCACAAGUCCAUCUCUGGAGAGAAAGAAGACAGCAGUGGGAUCUGUGCUUAUGCCAAAUAUACAGAUAUCUCUUCAUUUUAAUAUUUUGUCUCAGUAAUUAGCAGAAUAUAAAUACACAAGGAAAUAUUAAAAAGCUGUGCCCCCCCCCCCACACACACACAAUAUUCAUAUAGCACAGUCAUCUUCAAAAUUAUUGCCAGCCUUGUUAAAGGUGGAUGAUGUUUUUGUCAUUAAUUUUCUGUAAUUGUCACUGAAAUUAUGAGAUAAAUGUGAUCUAGAAAAGACUGGAUAUCACAAUUAUUGCCAGCCCUAGAAAUGUUCAUGACCAAAAUGUAACUGAAGCAUAUGUCAAUUCAGGUUAGUAAGUUCACCUCAGUGUUUUAAGAGUCAUCCAUAACUUCUGUGUUCCAAAUAUGAGGUAAUACUAAAGCAGUCAGUAUACAGAAAAUUAGACAAUACACCAAAAAAAAAGAGACAACAAUCUAUUAAACAACAGUAAUAAAAUGCUGUGUGUGAAUAAGAAUAAGAAUAAAGAGCAUUAUCAGCUGUA